UGCAAAGAGGAUGCCAAGCCGCAUGCAACAACGAACGCACGAAGGACAUGCUAUGCAAUUCCUCUUCUGUGAUAUCUUACAAGGCUGCAUUGAUGACCAGGACGAAGAGACUAUAAUUGUAUCAAAUAUGCAAAAUAAAUUCCUUAGAGUAUACCCAAUAAGACAACAAAAUAAUCGUAAAUAUAAAUAGGAAUAAAAUGCAAAGCAAUUUGGAAUACAUUGUGAAACUAUUGCAGAGAUGACUCAGACGAGAUCCAGGAGUCACUCCUUUUAUCCUGCAGGAAUUUCACAACUUCACGGAAAUGGAUUAAACGCGUCUAUUCCCUCCCCUGGCACAUGGGGUUGCUUUUUUCCACAUCCUUCCUCGAGACGAAUGCAAUUCCUACAACGACUUCUAAUCCAACACAAAAAGAAAAGAAAAACGAAAUGGUGCAUACUUACAUAUGGACCAUUAACAGAAACCCGUAAAUCCGAACUUGUGCUGUUUUAUAUCUGUUACAAGACCGGCAUUAUGGGAGUCUGUCAAUGCAAACAACUGGUUUUUGGCAACAAAAUCACAACUCACAAAUUUGAAAUCACAUAAUAAUGGAGGAAAAUCAAUCUAUUAAAACUAAACCGAUAUAAAACAAUACGAUACCACAAUUAAGGGAAAUAAAUUCUUUGAGAAAUAACAAAGUAGAUUACAAAACAC